AUGAAGGGAAAGGCUCAGACAGAGUCAUGUUUCUUGCACAAUGUGCAUAUAGGGAGGGUGCUAGCAACUGCAUUACUUAACCGCGACGUGGGCUUUGCGACAUUCCGAAUAGCGCAAAUACGAAAUGGCCCCUCUAAUACUAAAUUUAGCGAGGAUGAUAUAGUCCCCGCUCUGAGCACGUGGCCUGGUGUUGCGUUCUUCGUCUUUAGGGUUCUCGUACCGGUUACCUUGAGAUUGGUAUAUUUUUUGCCCAAGGAUGUGCGGCCACAGGAGAGACCGGAUGCUUCACUUCGCCAGGUGGGCAUAAUAUCUUCUACUACGACGGACAUCCACCCUUGUAUUGGGGGUCCAGUCGUAUCGAAAACGAUAUGCGAGGCCCUUGGACGUAACGUUAAUACUAUCGCGAAUGUGAACAUGGGCACCUCAGUCCGCAGCAAUGCCACUAGCAAUUACUACGGCUACGGAGCCGCAAAUCCAUUGGCACACGGAGAGAAAACAGAUUCAACAAGAAUAGCAUACCUGACCACUUGGAUCAGAGCUUUAGCUCCGGAUGAACUCCGCGCAACUACGCUAAUCGAUAUCUAG